UAAACGCACCGGAAGUGUCUCUCCCCAACUCACGCGGCGUCGCUUCACAAACACGAAACAGCAGUUUGACGUCACUGGGGCUCUCGGGCUAACUGUCAUCCGCGUAGAGGGAAAGGGUUUGACAUGGAGCCACAGUUUCCUCUGUACACUCAUUAUUGCGUGGAUUGUUAACAGAGUGAGAUAGUUUGAGUGUGUUUUUUUUCGUACCAAGUUAGAGGACUUAUCGUGUCGACAUCAAGAACCAGAGGCUAAGCUAACCGGCUAGCUAGCUUGUAGACUGACUGACUGACUUACUGUAACUGUUAAAGGUUCUCACAGAAAGCCUCCGCAUGGCGUUAAUCCUGUUUACGAGGUCCAGGGCUCCUCUGAUGAAAACGUCCAGGUCAUUAAAGAGCGAAUUCAGGAAAGGGAAACUACAAGAUGGAGCCUGUUUCAACUGCACAGCGCUCAGACUCUCCAGUCAGAAACUCGAUGGACUCCGACUCGGCAGCCCAGCACAGAUCUCUUCCUUCAGCUCCCCCCUCUCCUUGUCAGACUGCUUCACGGGCCCGUCCCAGAGCUCCGACUCACAACGACUCUACUGCGCUUCAGUGCCGGGCGUCUCCUCUUCACCUUACCCCGCCAUCACAUCGGGUCCCCAGUGGACGAUAGUGCAACCACAGGACAUCGCCGGCGUCCGGUGGAUACACACCUCCAGGAGAAGACUGGAUGAUUCGAAGGUGGAGAAGUCUCUGCGUUCGUUAAAGGACAAGUCGAAGAAGCUGGAGGAAGGAGGGCCCGUGUACAGCCCGACGUUGGAUGCAGAACCUGUGAGAAGGACGCUCAGGCAGUGGGUUGUAGAUGAAAUCAAACACUAUUAUCACGGCUUCAGGCUGCUGUGGAUUGAUACCACUAUUGCCGGGCGGAUGCUGUGGAGGGUGCUGAACGGACAUCCACUGUCCCGCCGCGAGAGGAGACAGUUCCUCAGAACCUGUGCGGACGUCUUCAGACUUCUGCCCUUCCUCGUGUUCAUCAUCGUCCCCUUCAUGGAGUUCCUGCUUCCUGUGGCUCUGAAGCUCUUCCCCAACAUGCUGCCGUCCACGUUCGAGACACAGAGCAAGAAGGAGGAGAGGUUGAAAACGGAGCUGAGAGUCAAACUGGAGAUGGCAAAGUUCUUGCAGGACACCAUCGAGGAGAUCGCUCUGAGGAACAAAGCUGCCCAGGGGAACGUGACGGAGGAGUUCUCCACCUUUUUCCAGAAGAUUCGGGACUCCGGUGAGCGCCCCAGCAACGAGCAGAUCAUCAAAUUCUCCAAGCUGUUCGAGGAUGAGCUGACGCUGGACAACCUGACCCGGCCUCAGCUGGUGGCUCUCUGCCGUCUCCUGGAGCUCCAGUCCAUCGGAACCAACAACUUCCUGCGUUUCCAGCUCAUCAUGAAGCUGAGGGCGAUCCGGGCUGAUGACAAGCUGAUUGCAGAGGAAGGCGUGGAGAGUCUGAACGUAAAUGAGGUGCAGGCAGCGUGUCGCGUCAGAGGGAUGAGAUCUCUGGGAGUCACCGAAGAACGUCUGAGAGAGCAACUUGUCCAGUGGUUGGAGCUGCAUCUGAACCAGCAGAUCCCUACGUCCCUGCUGCUGCUGUCCCGAGCCAUGUUCCUACCCGACACUCUCUCCCCCGCCGACCAGCUGAAGACCACUCUGCAGACGCUGCCUGAGAUGGUGACAAAGGAAGCUCAGAUGAUGGUUGCAGAGAUGGAGCUCUCCGAGGUGGACAAUAAGACGAAGCUGGAGCAGACGCUGCAGGAGGAGGAGGCCAUACGCCAGGACAACAAGGACCGGGAGUUGGAGAGGCUUGCGGAUGCUGCAGAGAAGGCUGCAAGGGAGGGAGAGAUGGAGGUUGAGGCGAUGCGUGGAGAGCGGGCUAAAGCUGACAUGUCCUCAGACUUACUGAAGGAUACAGCACCGGUCAUAGAAGGGAUUAAGGGUGAGGAGAUCACCAAAGAAGAGAUUGACCUGUUGAGCGAUGCGUGCACGAAGCUGAAGGAGAGGAAGAAGCUGUUGACUCUGGAGAAAGAGGAGCUGGAGGAACUGAAGGAUGAUGUCCAGGAGUACAACGAGGAUCUUGAGGAGAUAAAGAAGGAGUUCUCUAAGAAGGGCCAGGAGAAGGCGCUCGAGGAGUCCAAGGCGAGCCAGCGUCUCUCUAAGAGAGUGAACCGAAUGAUCGGUCGCAUCGACAAGAUCAUCCUGGAGCUGGAGAAGGACAAGGUCAUCCUGGACGGACAGAUAGACAGUGGAUCGUCUCCACCUGUGGGUCUGUUCUACACCUUCAGGGAGAACCUGAUCAGCAUCGACGAGCUGAUCAACAUCAUGCGGCAGAUCCAGAACAUUCCAGAGCACAAGCUGCAGAGCAUCGCCGACGCGCUCGACGACAACAAGGACGGGAAGAUCGACAUCGACGACGUCAUCAAAGUGGUCGAGCUGAUCGACAAAGAGGACAUCGACAUCUCCACCACUCAGGUGGCUGACAUCAUGGUGAUGCUGCAGAAGGAGGACAAGCUGAUGGAGAAGGAGAAGGCCAAAGAGAAAGCUGAGAAAGAGCAGGCAGCCACACUCAACAGCUAACUCAUUUUCCACAAAGACACAAAGCACUUAUAAAAAAAAAAACACAAAAAAAGACCACAGAGAAGUUUGAAGCUGGUACCGGGACACAGAAACCUCAGAGUCAAGUCGAGGGCGUCCUGAGGUAACAGCUGUCUUCUCAUUAUGUUAUUUCACUCAAAAUUUAGCACCUAAACUAUUGUUUCCAAUGAAAUAGAAGGCAUAUUGCCUUGAAGCGCACAAAAACUAAAAGAAUAUAUAAUUAUUAUUAUGUUAACCUCUUCUGGACUAAUCAUGUACUAUAUGUGGAUAUUUGGAUUUAUGUCAUUUUACUGAAUAAUGUCUGAAUACAGGAAGCAGGAUGAUGAAACCAUGAAACCAUGGUGAUGAAGAAAACUGAUCAAAAACGAUGUUUGGAGAAUUUAACGAAGAGAUUCAUUGUUAAGAGUUUGAGGUGAACCGUCUUGCCUUUCCUUUCCAUUCAUGUCAUCAUCUCAGAGGAAUGAGGGAUCAUUUCUGGACUUUGCACAGUUUAAAAAAAAAAUCAUUGUCAUCAUUAUUUUUUUUUUUCUCUUUGGUUUUGUUUGUCCAUCCAACACCCAGAUUGUAAAGUUAUUUUUUUAUGAAUUGUACGAGGACAGGGUAGCUUGUCGCUGGAUUUAGCGUGCGUAAAUGGUGGCUGCAACCAAAUAUGUAACUUAAACAGUAAAGAUAGUCAUUCAUUAACACCAAACUUCAAAAAGCUGAAUUUAAAAAAGCUUUAAUUUCAUUCUAACGCAAAAUCAUAGCUUUACGUUUCCAAUGAAACCAAAGUAAACGGAGGAGUUGUGUCGUAGGAUGUUUGAUGAAAUAGCCAAGGACUGAAGAUAACAACAUUUACAUCAAUGUUAAACGUAUUGUACUUUAAUCUCUUUUGAUCUUUUAUUUAAAAUUAUAAUCAUUUGUCUCAAUUUAGCACACUUUUUUGUAUAUUUCCUUUAGCUCUCUACAUGCAAACGUUGCACUGUGGCACGUCUUAAAAGCAAACUCUGAUAACUCCAAGAAAACUUUAAAAAACAUCCUGAUAGGAGACUUUUAAGACCGAUACCAAUUCAGUUAUUUAAUAGGUUAAAACAAACUCCAAUCACAGUUGAUCAUUUGGAUUGUUUCAAACAUGACGUGUGCACAGAUGCAGAAUCUAAAUGAAAAUGCAGAGGCACUUGAAAGGCUGAUGCUUGGCUACAUGUGCUGCAGACAUGCUGAGGAGUUUGAGCACCCUCUGCUGGACAAUCCAUGUCAUUGCACUAUUUUAUAGCACUGUUUUCUGCACCACACCUUCCUUAAAAAAAAGAGUCUCCUACCUGCUUAUUAGAAAACAUUAUGCAGACACAUAUAUUCUUGUAAUCACUUUAUAUCGGCUUAAUGAGUUCGGCUCUUAAAACAGUUAGGGAGCAGAGAGUCAGUGUUAGCUGUAAGCAGCUGUGGUAGGGUUUGUAGUUAGAGAGUGAACGCAGCUUCUUAUGUUGUGAAUGUUCGGGGGGUUUGAUUUGUGCUCAUGAUGGGUAGUUUGUGGACUGUGGGAAUAUUGACGCCCACAGUUGAAAUGUAAAGUGGCCUUCUCUUGACUCAGAUAUUUUGGCGCAUAUACUGUUGUAUAUUUAUUUUUGAGUGUUUUAUAAAGACGGUAGAUAUUCAGAGGGUGCUCUUGAUGUCGUUUAGAUUCGGGUGCAGUCGUUGGACGCACAAAGUGAUUCCUCAGUUGUUGAUUAGGUUUAUUUGCACUGUGGCGAUGAAUGUGUGCGAGGACGGAGUGAUGAACAGAUAAUAUUUGAGUCAAAUAAUAACCAUGUAAUGAAUCUCUCAUCAUGUUAACAUGUGUUAAUAAGAGUUCACACUGCAGGCAGCUUGGCUGUUAUAUUUAUUUACUCUGACAUCAUAUUCCAAUUAUGGCUGCAACUCAUUUUUUUGUUUAAUAAUUGAAUAUAUGACAUGUUGAUGAGAAAAAUGACCAUAAAAUAGAAGAUCUUUGUGUUAACUUCACAAUCAGAGGACAUCAGCAAAUACUCUAAUUAAAGAAGAUGGACUAAUCUAACUUUGGGCAUUUAUUCUAAAUUAAUAGCUUAUGAAUAUUAGUUUGAUAAUCUUCUACAUCCAUGUCAGUCAACUCAUUCCAGCCUCUCUGAGCAGUUUUUAGCUGCUUUUGAAACAGACUGAAAUUAAUAUUAAUGCCUCUGAAUGACCUACCACAACAAUGACGGAGCAUCAGGGCAUCAGAGGUGGAUGCUUUCUCCACAGGAGGCUCCAAAGUUCAUGCAAACCUACAGUCUCUCACAGAAGUUUUAAUUAAUCAAGUAUUUCUGAACUAUUUCAAACCAAAAUGGGAAAAACAGGAAGUUAUAUUUGGGGGGUUUUAUGCCUUUAUUAGAUAUAACAGCUGGAGAGAGACAGGAAACAUGGGGAGUAGAGAAAGGGGGAAGACAUGUAGGAAAUGGCCCGACCAUGAGUUGAACCAGCGACCUCUGCAACAAGGACUAUAGCCUCUGUACGCUGGUGGCCUAGUGGUCUCAGCACCCCAGGUCGACAUCACUUAUGCAAAGCCUAUUAGUGGUUAAAAGAAUCUGAUUCAAACAGUUUGGGUAUCAUGAAAAACACAGAAACUAUAUCCUUGUCUCACCUCUGUGUAAUCUGUCAUGUUGCUUGCAGUGUGAACCAACACUCUGGUCAUGUGAACUGAAUAUUCGUCAGCGUGUGCUCGUCAUGGUCCCUCAGUCUCCCUCAGGAGAGCUCAGCUGUGAAGGAGACAAAGCGGUGCUUGAGAUAACACUGAGUGGAAGACUCUCCGUUUAAUCUGUUUAUUGAAUCCACUCCGGGGUACAAGUACAUGAUUAAGAGGCCGUUCAUCUCCCGUCAGACACCGUCUCAGUUCAGACCCAGCGUUGCCUGACAGGACGAGGGGCUCUGCUUUGUCUGGGACCAGUCAGACUAAUGGGUGCAGGGUAAACACUCGCCCGUACAUGGUUCCACAGCCAGCUCCUCUGGAGGGUUGUGUUUAGGUUACAGACGAUCCUGCGGGACAUGGCACGCUCUGUGCUGCGUAAAUCAACCAGUCAGUGUAAACACGUCAAGGGAAUAUUGUGACAACUUCUCGAUUGCACUUGGCAGGAGAGAGUGGUGUUUGUGAAAUCACGCCUGACAGGUGAGGCUCAGGGAGGCGCUGUGUACAUUAGCAGCACUGCCACUGUUUGUACGCACAGAUGGGGCGAAAGGUCUGUGAGACAGUGAGAUAAAACAGGGUGUGGAGCUCAAAACUUAAAGUGAACAUUAAACACAUCAGGUUACCCCGACUCAUCAGACAUCUUAGUUUGAGGCUGGAAGGAAAAAGUUGAGGUAAAGUUUCAGCUGUUUGUGUUUAAACAUGCAGCAAACCCUGAAAACUUCAGUUUUGUGCAACUUGUGACUCAUAAAAACAUUCAAACACUUAAAUGCAUUGAAUAAAGAGUCUGCACGCCCUCUCAUAUGAACACCAGCAGUAUGCAACACGCCAAACACUGAACACAGUCUCAGAAAGAAGACUUGAUUUGCAUAUUUCCCCCAAACACAGACAGAUUUCAGGAACAAAACAACACCGCCGUAGUUCAUCAGUGUGCUUCCUUUUCUUUGGCUGCAGUAUUUGGAGUCGAGCAGAUUGCACAGCUCAGCGUUGGCAGCGCUGUUACACAGUGUUGCUUUAGCUGCUGUCUUUAGAAAACAGAGAACAGGAGGAAAGGAGAGCGGCAGAAGAAUUCGACGGCGAGCUUAAAUUAGUCAUUAUUCCACGUUGAGUCAGGACGCAAAGCAUUGUUGUCUGACUUUGCUGGCUGCUUUAAGCUCGCUCCUCUCUGUUCAGUUUGCACUAUUCAUUUUUGAUACAGUAAGUGUGUGUCGGUGCUUGCACUCAGGGUGUGAAUGUGUAUCCAGAGCUGACUUUAGUGUGUGUGCGAUCUACGAGACAAACCGUCCUGAAAGAUUCCCGUUGAGUGAUCUUGAUCUUGUGUUCGUCGUAGAAGAAGAAGAAGAAAUAUUUAACCCAAUAAGUCAUUUAUGCAACAUGUACCUUUUUUUUGACUUUUGUUUUCAUCCUUUCUCUUGAGGUGGAACAAGUGUUUAAUUUGUUAAAGCAUACUGUAUUAUAUGUAUAUUAGAAACGCAAAGGUGUAAUCACGCUGAGAGCAAAGAAAAGGGUGCUAAAAGUGAAAGAACAGAGAAUAUGGAGUGGACUCUUCCACUCUUUCCAUCAGGCUGCUUGGUGAGUUGAUGCGCUUGUGGUUGGAUUUUGUACGGAUUUCUUGAGGAGAGAUGUACCCACUGUUGUUUCCUUUUUUAAGUAUUUUGCACUAGCCCUUUGUAUCAGUAGAAGAAUGCUACUUUUUGUAGAAUAAACACAAAUAUAUGAGUUUUCUCUUGAGGUGAAAGAAGAAGAAGAAGAAGAAGGGAGAACUGGAUCAGCAGCUUCUUUUAAAGUCAGGGAAACACGACGCAGGGUCAGAGUCUUUAUGUUUCUACACAUGCGGACUAAAGUGCAGCUAAAACCUCUCUCAGGUUCAUUAUUAACGCCUGAAGGCAUCUUUAAAAAAAACUACAUUUAACUGCAUUUUAAAUGUAGUGCAGCCACCAUCUUUUAGAACAGGACGUGUUCAGACAGGAAGUGGAGCUCAAAGAAACAGGAACCUUCUGUCUUUGGAAUUAAAUUUGUUUUUGGAUCACCUUCGAGUCCCUUCCUCCUUAAUUCAUCAAACCUAAAUGAUUUGAGACUUUUCCACUCAGUUUGAGAAGCAAAGCUGCGAUUUAAAGCUGCUGUGAGGAACUUUUGAUUUGUAUUGCUUUUGGCGCCCCCUUGUGGACAAAGUGAUACCUCUUAUCUCUUGUCCUGUACAUGCAAAAUGAGUGUUUUCUACAAAAACAUCAUCCUGUUGUCUUCCAACAGUCAGAUUUAUCACACAAUGUGAUUAUUUUCAUGAAAACAGUCUUCUGAAGUGAGAUGUCAAUCAUCCGGUCUGACACCGACCCCCUUAGAGCGGUUUCAGGCGUUAAAAAUGUCAACAGAGCAGGCAUCAGUGUUGCUGCUGAUGGCUGUAUUUGCUUUUAAAGGUCAUGAAGAGGCAUCAGUUUCAGUUUCUCAGCCUGUGCAAAACUCCUCACAGUGCCUUUAAUGCAAACCCUCCUGAGUGGUGUAAAUUAAAAGAGCUCCACCUUCUGUCUGAACGCAUCGUCAGGACUCAUUUCAGGUUGAAAACGCAGACAGGCCUCACGUUGGGUGGUCACUUUUCUUAUAUGAAACAUGAUAUGAAACCCCAAACACGGCUUCAAGAUAAAACUAGAAUAAAAUAGAGUCCAGUGUUGAUCUUUGGAGGUUUAAAAGAAAAGAGAGAGAGAGGGACAGACUUAUUUUGAAAUAUAUAUAAUCUUUGGUUUUAUUUGUUUUUUGCCUCAUAUUUAAAAAAAAAAAGAAGAAUUAGCAAUUUAAUCGGUUUAAAAAUUUAGCCCUCUGGAGUUUCUGUUUUGGAAUAAUUGUCAUGUUUAUUUAUUUAUUUAUUUAAUCAAGUUUUUCCAAAAGUUUCAUUUUUAUUAACCAAAUGUAGAGAAUGACCUGAACUGGAUUUGACCCUGUAUGAACAGCAGCAGUUUUCUUGUUUGGACUCAAAUCAAGUGUUUCAUGUAAAAAAAGAAAAAGAACAUUAUUUAGAAAACUGAAUCAGCAUUGUUGAAUAAAUUUUGGAUGAUCCUGGA